AUGGACUUAAUUAUAGAUAUUCCAAUAGAAAUUGAUGCAUCGGAAUCUUUAGUUGAAAAUAGAAGAAGGCUAUUGCAGAGAUGGAAUUUGCAAGGUCCAAGAGUAAUUUUGUGUAUAAAGGAUGAAGUUUUUUCUCGAGAUAACAUAUUAAAUAGUACUUGUAUUUAUUUUCACCGUACAGCUAAUUUGAUAAAAUCAUUCUAUGUAGCAUCUUUAACCGAACAGGAUAUAUAUUUAGCAAUGGCAUUUGAUAUUGAUGAAGUAAAUGAAAUGAACUUGAAAGAUGAUAUUCCACAGGAUGUACAUUCAUUAAAAUAUUAUAGUGAACAAUCAUUAAAUUUACCAUUGAUGAAUCCGGUAAUAAUGAGACGUAUAUUAAUUCAGUUAAGUCAUAUUUUAAGAAAUGAAUUAAAUAAUGUAGCUACAGGAGAUACUUUGGAAUUAGCUUUUGAGAAUUACAGACUAUUAGUAAAUACUUGUCUCAAGGUAGUUACUACUUCACUAGAAUUUUUAUGCCGACAGUCAAUUGAAACUAUUCAGGAUGAAUUUUUUAUUGAUUCAAAUAUAAUUGAUGAAAUGAAAUUGAGUUUUUCUACAAGAGAUGACACUUUAAACCAAUGUAUUGUAACCAAUAACAUUGGAAUUAGUGUACAUCCAAAAUAUGGGAAGAGUAUAAUUUCUACUGAUUAUAUCAAUGCCAACAGUGAACUUGUUAAAAUAUCACUACCACUUAUUCUUUCAUUUUAUACAGCUCUAUAUUCUACUGAUUUUGGUCCUAUAGCACGUUUUUUGUCCAAUCCUAGUGGGUAUUUAAAGCAAUUACAAUGUAUCUUUGAAGAAAUUGAUAUUUUAAGAAAUGAUAUUUUAUACGAGCCUAUAGAACCUGAUUCAGUACUAUUAUUGUUUGUUGCGUACCAAAUUUAUAUUGGUAAUAAAUCACCUUGGAAAUUUAUUAUUAACAACUGGCCAGACCCUAAACAAGCUAGAAAUCAGAACCUCUUUAUGGCACCUAAGGAAGUUAUAAAGUUUAUAUCUCAAAAUAGCAAUAAUUUUGAAAGUAGAAUUCAAGAUAAUAUUGAUAAACUAUAUAGUUUAUUGAAACAUACCCACUUUUUAAUGAAUAUUAUAAAUAAAAGUUGUAGAUUUAUAGAAAAUAUAGGGCUAAGGAAACUAUCAGAUAAUUUAGGUAAAAAAGAACAAGUAAAUUUCCCAAAGCAUAAUAUAAUUAGUUUAUUUUCAAGUUUAAAUUAUAUCAAUAUAUUUAGUUGGUCUAACUUGAUCUAUGCUAAAUAUAUUCUAGAUACACGUUCAUUCAGUAUUCAGUGGUAUCCGCUGAACAAUAAUUAUUAUGAAUUUGAAGAGUCUAGUGAAUUGGAGAUAAGUCUAAACUAUGACAAUGAAAAUAAACAAAUUCCAACUAAAGUUAUAUAUAUGAGAAUAGGUGACUUUGGAUUUAAUGAGAAUAAAAAGUAUAGUAGAUUUGCCUUGCCAAUACCUACAGGUCAUAUUCGUUGCAUUAUUCCAAUAGCAGAUAUGUUUAACCAUCAUCAUUUAGCUCCAUGUUCAUUUCCAGUCAUAGAUCGUGAGUCUGGAGUACUUGUAAUAAAAAAUGAAAUAGAUAUUCCAAAAAGUUCUCAGAUCUAUAUAUCUUAUGGAGUUUUGUCAAGUGCAGAGUCUUUGUACGGUUAUGGUUUUGUAUCGGAUACUCCAUAUUUAGGAUUUUUCGAUACUUUAACAUUAAAUUUGGAACCUGAUCAAGACGAUCCUUUGUACAAAAUAAAAAUGCUUGUACUAAAUCAUUGCAAUAUUCCUACAGAUCAUAUAUUUGCAAGCUUUGCCUAUCCAAAAUUAACAAACAUUGAGCUAUUGAUAAAAUGCGUAAAUAUUAUAACUUCUAGUGAUCCAAUUACUGAUUUAAAAAAGUGGGAUAAACAGAAAUAUUUUAGUUUAAGGUGUAAAAAAAAAGGAGCGAAUAAUAUUGAUGAAUGUUAUACUACUAUAGAGGAUAUUUUAGGUGAUAUACUAGAACCUUAUAAAGUGCGUUUAGAUGAAUUGAAUAAAUACAAAUCUGGUAUAGUCAUACCCCCAUUUUGGUUUUCUGAUUGGGGGAAUAGAGUUUUAUUAUACUGUAGAACUCAAAUAGAUUUAAUAAAUUUAUCAAUACAAAGAAUUAGGGCAAGACAAAUUUGA